GUGAUCAACAAUCAAUUUAGUCUUCAUCAGCAAUUUGAACAGUUAAUUACAUUCCUAAUUGUUAAAUAAACUUGAUUAAAAAUGAAAAUCGUUAUCAUCCUCGCUCUUGUUGGUGUCACAAUGGCCAUGCCUGGUGGAUGGAGCUCCAUGUCACUCGACGACCCGAAAGCCAAUGAAUUGGCCUCAAAAGCGGUCGCUCAUCACAACAAAGUUUCCAACAAUCUUUUCUACAAGAAACUUGUAACUGUUAAAAGCAUCAAAUCUCAGGUCGUCGCUGGAGUCAACUACGAAGUCAUCUUCGAUAUCGGAGUCACUGAAUGUCCAAAAUCCGACGCUAAUUCAGCUAAUUGUGAAGUCUCAGCAAAUAAAGUACCAGAGGAAUGUACUUACGUCUUCUACUUCCGACCUGGAGCUGACGAAGGCCAAGUUACCCGACACUCGUGUAAACCAACCGCCUAAUCUGAUCAUCGAAUCGAUUUACAAUCUUGUAUCCAAUCUAAUUAACUAUUUUAUUAUUAAAGGUGCCUACUAAUUUCAAACUUCA